AUGGUCUACGUUAUCGGCGCUGUCGGUAAACCAUUUGUGGCCCAAUUGGCGGAUAUCACUUCAAGACCGAUCGCGUAUUCCGUCUCUCUUGUCCUCUAUGUUCUUGGUUUCGUCGUCGUCGCUGCUGCUCAAGGAAUCGGCGCCGUCGCAGGAGGACAACUUAUGUAUGAAGUUGGCUCCGUCGGCCUUGACCUUGUCACGGACCUCAUCGUGGCAGACUUGUCUCCUCUGGAAUGGCGAGGUUUUAUGACCGCGCUCCCGAGUGCGCCGUACAUCAUCAAUGCCUACGUCUCAGGAUUUAUCACGGAUGGACUGGGUGAAGAUGGCUGGCGAUGGGGAUACGGGAUGUUCGCUAUUAUGAUGCCCGUGGUCAUGGCUCCCGCCCUCGUCGUUCUCUUCUGGGCGGACGUGAAAGCGAAGAAGGCCCAUAUACUAUCAUUCAGCGCAUCCAACUACACGGCGCGGACCGAUAAACAGGAACGUAAAUCAUGGAUAAUCCUCUGUCGUGACUUUUGCAUCAAGAUCGACGCGUUCGGGUUGAUUUUGCUCGGGUUCAGCUGGAGUUUGAUCUUGUUACCGUUCACGCUGAAGAGUACGGCGGCUGAUGGGUAUAAGAACCCUUCGCUGAUCGCGAUGUUCGCCGUCGGCGGUGUGCUGCUCAUCGCGUUCGGACUGUACGAAAAAUGGGGAACGAACCAUCCUAUAUUGCCAUACAGGAUAUUGAACAAGGUGUUCAUUCUUGGAGUCAUCAUUGAUGCGUUCUACUUCUUGAGCGGAAGGCUGCGAUCGACGUAUUUCUCGAGUUGGACUUAUGUGGUUACGGAUUGGUCACUCUACGAGUGGACGAUCUUUUCGAACACCGAGACGGUCGGAUUGUGCGUUUUCGGUCUCAUCGCAGGUCUUAUUCAGAGGUAUACGCAUCGGUAUAAGUGGUUGCAGGUGUCGGGAUUGUCGAUUCGGAUAAUUGGUAUGGGAUUGACUUUCUAUGCGCGAGGCAGCCACGCUACAAACGUCGCCCUCGCAUGGACACAAAUCCUCAUCGCUCUUGGCGGAGCCUUCUCCGUCGUCGGCACUCGUGUUUCUACUCAAGCUUCAGUCCCACACGAAGACCUUGCCGUCGUGAUUGCCAAUCUGGCGCUUUGGACGAAGUUGGCUGGAGCUAUUGGAGCCGCGGUCGCAGGAGCCGUUUGGAGUGGCACGAUGCCGACGAACUUGAGUAACCAGCUGCGACCCCUUGGACUUUCCGCUGCAGAUAUCAAGAAGAUCUACGGCUCCAUCAAGACCGCAAAAUCACAGCCUGCGAACGUGAGGGCUGCGGUCAUCAUCGCGUACGACGCGACUGUCAAGCCGCUCUACAUCGCCGCUCUCGUGCUCUCCUUCAUCCCCCUCAUUGCCGGCCUCCUCACCACGAACUACUACCUCGGAAAAACUCAAAAUGCAGUCGAUGGACGUGUCCAUGCCAUUUAUGUCGCUGAAUCUGGGGAAGCAGCGUACGUACCAGAAGGUGGAGAUCCGAGGAUGGUCGGGACGGAGGCACAUACGGCUGCAGGAGUUGGCGGGGUUGAUGAUGGGGUGCCUGAGGGCGGAGCUAGGAGGCGGGAUUAGGUGAAGUAGGCCGGGGAGAGAGAUGGUCGUUUAGAUUGAACGCGUCAAUGGAUUGGGAAAAAUGAGACAAGAGACAGGGAGAUGUCUCUUGAUUAAUGUGAUUAAUGACAUGUGAGAGUGUUUUAUUGAGGGAUGUGUUUUUACUUGUAACUUCCCCCUUGUUCCGAGUCGUUCUCUGCUCGGAGAUUUAGAGUAGAUAUUUCGCGUUACAGUGACCAGGUUACUCUACAAGCUCCGCUGUUCUUUGACUGUUAUGACUAAAGUUGAACUCCCAUCUCUGCAUUUAGGGAGCUGCACCUCAUUGCCAUUCCGUUCUUGAAGUGUCCAUGACGAUUUCAUGAGUCUCGACUCAGUUGAGAUCGGUGAACGGUCACGUGCUCGAC